AUGACUUCAAUGACAAGUGGUUUAUCACGGCGACGCAACGCAGGUUCAGGGCUUAACUCGACAAAUUCAUCGUAUGAGAGCACAUCAACAAUAGAUCGCACAGUUUCCAUUGAAAAUGGUGUAAGAAUUGCAGUGGAUCCUAAUGACGUGCCUGAUGAAGAAGAUAAAAACCAACCAAAUUUAACACUCAUGGAGGAGGUUCUACUGUUGGGCUUAAAGGACAAACAGCUUGCUUUUCGCGGACGGAUAGCCAUGGUCAAGGAUUACAAUCGUCGUAAAGUUCCUCUUUCAGAAAGAUCUAUCGAAGUGAUCGAUGAUAAACAGACUAAUGAAGUUCUUCUAGAUGAGGCAUUAAAAAUGAUGAAGCAAAGUGAAACAAUGAGUGUAGGAAGUUGGAUCGAUUUAAUGAGCGGUGAAACUUGGAAUGUAUUAAAGAUUGGAUACCAACUAAAACAAGUUCGAGAACGUCUAGCGAAAGGUUUGGUAGACAAAGGCAUUCUAAGAACUGAAAAGCGAAAUUUUUUGCUUUUCGAUAUGGCAACACAUCCCGUUAGUGACUCUUCUGCCAAAGAUGAAAUAGUGAAACGAGUCAUUAAAACUUUGACUCAUGUCAAUUCUUCUGCAACAUCAUUAGACCCUGAUAUACCUUUCGGUCAAUUACGCACAGUCGCAAUGGUAUGUGCUGCAUAUGCUGCAAACGUUUUGGAGAAUGCAUUGGUGCAAUUGUCUCAUGAGAUGAGAGAAAGAGCAUAUACAAAGGUUGAUGAAUUAUUAAGUGAAUAUUCAUCUUGGCCUUUUUCAAAAAAGGUGAAGGUAGAUAUUCCAGAAGGAAAAGAUUUACAAAUAGAAGUGGUAGCAGCGGUUUUGAAUGUUUUCACAAAGAUGGAUAGUAUCUUGUAA